ACCGAGCAUUUCUUCAGAGUUUACGAUCCACGAGGGAAAGGCCAAUUCGAUGCGAUCUCCGUCUCGAACAUUCGUCAAGCCUUUUCAACGCGUAUGGGCGUAGAGGUAUAUAUGACUCCACAAGUUCGGUCCACCAAGAAUGGAACAACGCAGUUUGCUGAAAUCAUGUAUGGCUUGAAUUCUGCAGGAGUCAAAGUCAAUAAAGUUUGGAUUCAGGUGACAUCGCCAGUGAACUGGGAUCCGUAUCCACAAAACAAUGUGUUCUUCCUCAAUCAGAUCAUUUCUGCUGCCACAGGUAUCGGACUAAGGUACGGUGUCGGACUUGGCUUCUACACAAACUACUACGAUUGGAGUCAAAUCACAAACAACGCCUGGGUGAAUGGACCUCAACUCUGGUACUGGAGCGUAUACGGUGGUGGACCACGUGGUGAGACUCCCGCAACCUUUGAUGAUUUCCAUCCGUUCGCAAAGUGGACAAAACCGACCGUCAAGCAGUUUGCUCAGGUGGAGAAAAUUUGCGGUAUCACGGUGAAUCGGUGA